GCACAAUCUUUCAUUCAUUGACAAAAAUGGUAUACCAAACUUUUUCUAUACAUUCUGUCUUAUGUCUAUUUGUUUGAUCCAUUAUGCAUAUAUUAAGUAAACCAAAUUUUUUGUGACAAUAAAUUACAUCUUUUGUUCAAAUCAUAGACAUGAUGUCUAACUCCAAAUCUCAUGUUAACAUUCCCAUUUUAGACAUUUCUCAAACUUUAGAGCCAUCUUGUUUAUCUUCUCUUUCUAAAGCAAGCAAAGUUUGGGGAUUUUUCCACAUAAUCAACCAUGGAAUCUCCAAAGAUCUUUGUAGCCAGCUUCAUUCAAUAUCAAAACAUCUCUUCAGCCUCCCUUCUGACACUAAACUUAGACUUGGUCCUUUUUCAUCUUUGAAAUCUUACACACCUCAUUUCAUUGCAUCUCCAUUCUUUGAGAGCCUAAGAGUUAAUGGACCAAACUUUUAUGUUUCUGCUAAAAGUUCUGCAGAUAUCCUCUUUGACAAACAGGAUUCAAAAUUCAGUGAGAUACUACAAGAAUAUGGCAAUAAGAUGGAGGAUUUAUCUAAGAAAAUUCUAAAGCUUGUGUUGAUGAGUUUAGGAUAUGGUAUUGAGAAGAAGUUUUAUGAUUCUGAGUUCAACAAGUGUCAUGGUUACUUAAGGAUAAACAAUUACUCUUCACAUGAAACAAUGGAAGAUCAAGUUGAAGGGCUUGGAAUGCACACUGACAUGAGUUGUAUAACAAUUUUGUAUCAAGAUGAAAUUGGAGGGCUUCAAGUGAGAACAAAUGAAGGAGAUUGGAUAAAUAUUUUUCCAUCUGAGGGAACACUAGUUGUGAACAUAGGUGAUAUGCUUCAAGCUUGGAGCAAUGACAAGUUAAGAUCCUCAGAACAUAGAGUUGUUUUGAAGCAACCUGUCAAUAGGUUUUCACUGGCCUUCUUUUGGUGCUUUGAGGAUGAAAAAGUGAUUUUGGCACCUGAUGAAGUUGUUGAAGAAGGAAAUAAGAGGAAGUAUAAGCCAUUUGUGUGUUUGGACUAUUUGAAAUUUAGAGAGAAUAAUGAAAGAGGAAGAUUUGAAAAAGUUGGUUUCACAGUUAGAGAUUUUGCUGGGAUUAAUGAUUAUUUCAAUUAAGAUUUGAGUUCAGAUUCUUUAGAAUGUUUCGUCUUUAAUCAAAAUUCGUUAAUCAUUUGAGUU